AUGCUCCUUUCCGUCGGAGCGGAAUUUAUCUCUGAAGCUAGGACCCAGGAGAAAUAUGGGCUAGUUAUUGGAACAGACUUCAAUAUUCCUGCUCUGUUUUUCGACCCAGAAGCAAAGAAAGUCCAAGGCGAGCUCUACUCCGUCUCAGAUUAUAAAAUAGACGAUGUCGAUGCGCUAGAAGGCCAUCCAGUUGUUUAUACAAGGAAAACAAUGAAAAUUUGUUAUGAAGAGAAAACUGUCGAAGCAUUUGUUUAUGUCAUCGAAGAUCCUCAUGAGAAACUUUUGGCGAAAAUGAGACUUGAGGAGUACAAAAUUGAAGAUACAGAAAAGUAUAUUCCACCUUCAAAAAGAUUCCCAGAAAUAAAAGAUGUCGAAGAAAAAAGAAAACUUUUAUCUGCUCAGUUCAAAUCUCAAUAA